AUGCCGCGCGAGAAGUCGACAUCACGACGGUUCAAUGUCACCGCUGCGAGUUUAGACGCGUUCGUGACGCAGCUCUGUUUCUUACGGCGAUUCCGUGGAAAAAUGAACCGCUCACCUGUUUAUGUAAAAUCUAAAGACGUAGCAGAUCCAGCACUCACAUAUGACUCACCAAUUUCAACAUAUUUCACAAGAAGUACGAAGUUUCCUUCUGAAUAUGUUAUGGUUAGAGUGCCUUUCAAAUUAAAUGGUAAACAUUUAGAUGAAGACCCUUAUGAAACAUCAACGCCAUCUUCAAAAAGGCUUCAGCAGGUGUUACAUUUGGAUUUAUCACCAAUUCUGGACAGCGAUGGCAGUUUAACCAGUGUGUCAGAUCGAUCUUCAAAAGUCAUUGACGGUGUGCCUCCUUCACCACGCAACAGUGGGACUCCGAAAUCAACUGGACGGUCUCGAAUCGCCCGACUCGCGAUUUCUCCAAGAUCUGACAACGAACCGUCUCCAAAGACCCUACGGACACCAGGACGUGACGGAGACGGGUCAUAUCUUCAGACGCAUGAGGUGAGUACUCCAUCAUUUUCUGUUUCAUUUUCUUACCUGAUUUUCCCUAAUCGCUGA